AUGAGGCAGAGUGCAGCAAUAGCUUAUCGUCCACAAGGGAACGGCAAGGCCGAGCGGGCGGUGCAAACCCUGAAACGAGCCCUGAAGAUGUAUGUUGCAGAUGUCAACCAGCAAGAUUGCGACGACUACGCAGAGCGGCUGAUGUUUGCGUUGGAUACGGCACAUGAUCGAGUGAGAGGAGAGAUGUCGUUCUUUCUGGUCCAUGGAAGGGAUCCGCGGUCAACACUCGAAGCGGUUAUUUCGGUAGUAUUGACACGUCGCCGCGAUCGCGAUGCACGAAGGUGGGCACCUGACUCCGAUACGAAGGACCGCGGGGACCAACAAUGGAUCAACGAAGAUCUGGCGCAAACCUUCUACAAGAAAGGCCUCUUCUUAUUCUUGCUAGACGACCCAGUGAUGAAGGUCCUAAGCCCGACGUUGAUCGGAGAACUCCAAGGUCCGACGCUGGAACCAGCGGAGACGCCCCGACAGUUAGAGGCGGCGACCCAACUUUUGCGAAUGCUGAAAGAUGUAGGCAUGGCGUUCAAUGCGAGUGAGCUUGUCGAUCUGGAGACGUCGGUAAUCCAACGCUCGGCGAGAACACUGCACGAAAAGCUGGAACCGCUGGUCGGGUCAGUCAUACAACGCGAGCCGGUCAAGCUGACACCGACCCGUAACCCAGAAAAUCAGACAGGGUCGUCGCAGUACGCGUCGGCCACGUCGGAAGCAGAAUCGGACAGCUCCGCUGAUCUGCAGCGGAUGCCGCUUGGUCCGUCCGGAGCAGAGACGUAUGAUCCGGACAACCUGAACAUCGACACACCUCGACAAGCAGUGAUCGGAUCCGCAGGAGCGACCUCUGCACCCUCGACGACGACGCCACGUAUACGAGUGUCAGCGAUCUCGGAGUUGAAGGAAUACUCUGGCAAAGAUCACGACGAGGACCGCGCGAGGAGUUGGCAGGGCAAAGUGAAGUCCGCGUUCGUCCGCGAUCAAGCUCCAGACAGCGAAAAAUGUUUGGUGCUGAGUGAUCUCCUCACGGGACCAGCUCGAAACUGGUACCGGCAGUUGAGUCGAUCAACGAAGAGUAACCGGAAGAGCUUGUUUGAGGCGUUCCAGACGCGAUACCGGGGGAGAGGAGUGUCUGGCAUGAGACCGUACUACCAGGCCAAGAAACUUUCGGACGCGAUGGCCCGGCGGCCGCAAGUCGAGCUUUUCAUCGAGACGCUGGAUGAUCGAGAUCCGCCGCGUCAGCUGGUGCUGCUGCGGGUGACCGACUCUGAGGAUCUGGAGGAGACACUACGGGCGGGAAACAUCUUCCCUGAAGACAUCGAGAAUAACAUGGCUGUCCUGCCGGAAGUAGAUGCUACCACGAAGGAAGUCACCAUCAAUGAUAUACGAGUAGAUGACCCGCACGCGACCUCGGAGGAACAUGGGCGACUGCGUCGCAUCAUCUGGAAGCGCCGCCACUUGCUGAUAGAAGCCGGUAACGCUCUACCACCGGUCGCCUACGGAGCUAUUUGCGACAUUCAUGGACUGCUAUCGGUUACGAUCAUCACUACAUCCACCCCGUCUAGGGCGUCACCCAUCGUAGUCAUCAUCAAGGCUAACGGGGUCGACAUCCACCUCUGCAUCGACUACCAGGUGGUGAACAGCCUGAUGAGACUGAUGGUGUAUCCCAUGCCGUUGAUCAACGACCUCCUCGAAGAUUUAGAUAAGGCGCUAUGGGAUUGCUCCCUUGAUAUGGCCAGUGUGGACGAGGAUGCCGUUCGGGUUGAAGAACGCCCUCAGAUCUAUCAACGAACCGUCGACAAUGCAUUAUACGGUCACAUGCGUAUCAAGCCUGAUCAGGAUAGAUCGAACCCCGUUGACGUCUUCAAGGAAGGAGAGCCGGAGCCGGAACUUAAGCCAUCGGUACUCGUGCGGAGGUCAUACGUGGACGACAUCCUUGUGACCGGCGACACUUGGGAGAGCAUGUCCAACAGUGUCGUCAAGCUGUUCGGCAUCUGUGACCGGUGGGACAUGUCAAUCAGCGUAGCUAAGAGCUACUGGGGUCGACGCAAGGUGGCAUAUCUGGGACACGAAGUAUCCUCAGCCGGUCUGGAAGCAAAACCGAAGGAACUCGAAACAAUCGCCAAUCUUCCUUUCCCCACAAAGUUGAAAGGGAUGCAGUCAUUCCUCGGAAGCUUGACUUAUUACAGUCGUUUCAUUGAGGACUUCGCAGUCUACGCCGUGAUCCUGUACGAGCUGCGGGAAGCGGACUGUCACGAAAUCGCCAGGAUGAACUCAGAAGGGACUCAGAAGACGCGAGCUGAUGACGGCCUAAUAACUGGGGGCGAGCGCGAUAGGCGGCGCGUCGUAAUUUGUGGUGACUCGAAUUUGGUGAUUCGUCAGAUGCAGAGUGAGAUGGACUGCAAAGCACCAGGCUUGUAA